CCAAAAUGGCGAAGGGUUGUAGCGAAGUGGGCUGUGUUUGAGGCCGCUGUAAGAACGCUCACUCUACCCCCCCAAACCUUCGUCCCCAGGACCUCGGUUUGUGCGUGUGUAUGUGCGGGGUGCCCGGUGGGGCGGGUGCCCGGUAAGUGCUCGGACUCGCAGGGGAAGCGCCCACGGGGUCGUGAUUGGUUGUUUUUUCCUGUAUGAAGCGGUUGGCACCACUGAAGUGACCGAAUGAGAGACUCUACAGGGGCAGGUAAUUCACUGGUCCACAAGCGGUCUCCUUUACGUCGAAACCAAAAGACCCCAACAUCCUUGACCAAGCUGUCUUUACAGGAUGGACAUAAAGUCAAAAAGCCAGCAUGUAAAUUUGAAGAGGGUCAGGAUGUCCUAGCUAGAUGGUCAGAUGGCUUGUUUUAUCUUGGAACUAUCAAAAAGAUAAACAUAUUGAAACAGAGCUGCUUCAUCAUAUUUGAAGACAGUUCUAAAUCCUGGGUUCUCUGGAAGGACAUUCAAACAGGAGCCACUGGAAGUGGGGAAAUGGUCUGUACAAUAUGUCAAGAAGAGUAUUCAGAAGCUCCCAAUGAAAUGGUUAUAUGUGAUAAGUGCGGCCAAGGAUAUCAUCAGUUGUGUCACACACCUCAUAUUGAUUCCAGUGUGAUUGAUUCAGAUGAAAAAUGGCUCUGUCGACAGUGUGUUUUUGCAACAACAACAAAGAGGGGUGGUGCGCUUAAGAAAGGACCAAAUGCCAAAGCAUUGCAAGUCAUGAAGCAAACAUUACCCUAUAGUGUGGCAGACCUUGAAUGGGAUGCAGGUCAUAAAACCAAUGUCCAGCAAUGUUACUGCUAUUGUGGAGGCCCUGGAGACUGGUAUUUAAAGAUGCUACAGUGCUGCAAAUGUAAACAGUGGUUUCAUGAAGCUUGUGUGCAAUGCCUUCAAAAGCCAAUGCUAUUUGGAGACAGGUUUUAUACAUUUAUUUGCUCUGUCUGCAGUUCUGGACCAGAAUACCUCAAACGUCUACCAUUACAAUGGGUAGAUAUAGCACACCUAUGCCUUUACAACCUAAGUGUUAUUCACAAGAAGAAAUACUUUGAUUCUGAACUUGAGCUUAUGACAUACAUUAAUGAAAACUGGGAUAGAUUGCACCCUGGAGAGCUGGCAGACACACCAAAAUCUGAAAGAUAUGAGCAUGUUCUGGAGGCAUUAAAUGAUUACAAGACCAUGUUUAUGUCUGGGAAGGAAAUAAAGAAGAAGAAGCAUUUGUUUGGGUUGCGAAUUCGUGUUCCUCCUGUGCCACCAAAUGUGGCUUUCAAAGCAGAGAAAGAACCUGAAGGAACUUCCCAUGAAUUUAAAAUUAAAGGCAGAAAGGCAUCCAAACCUAUAUCUGAUUCAAGGGAAGUAAGCAAUGGCAUAGAAAAAAAAGGAAAGAAAAAGUCUGUAGGUCGUCCACCUGGCCCAUAUACAAGAAAAAUGAUUCAGAAAACUGCUGAGCCACCUUUGGAUAAGGAAUCAAUUUCAGAGAAUCCUACUUUGGAUUUACCUUGUUCUAUAGGGAGAACUGAGGGAACUGCACAUUCAUCCAAUACCUCAGAUGUGGAUUUCACGGGUGCUUCCAGUGCAAAAGAAACUACCUCGUCUAGUAUUUCCAGGCAUUAUGGAUUAUCUGACUCCAGAAAAAGAACUCGUACAGGAAGAUCUUGGCCUGCUGCAAUACCGCAUUUACGGAGGAGAAGGGGUCGUCUUCCAAGAAGAGCACUCCAGACUCAGAACUCAGAAAUUGUAAAGGAUGAUGAAGGCAAAGAAGAUUACCAAUUUGAUGAACUCAACACAGAGAUUUUGAAUAACUUAGCAGAUCAGGAGUUACAACUCAAUCAUCUAAAAAACUCCAUUACCAGUUAUUUUGGUGCUGCAGGUAGAAUAGCAUGUGGUGAAAAAUACCGAGUAUUGGCUCGUCGGGUGACACUUGAUGGAAAGGUGCAGUAUCUUGUGGAAUGGGAAGGAGCAACUGCAUCCUGACUGUAGGACUGAACAUUAUGUUCACUGCACUCUCAUUUUCUGUAGGUACAGUUCAAAGCCCUAAAGGAGUCUGGCUUUUACUAUCUUUCUUAAAAAAAAAAAAAAAAGGUAAAAAUAAAAAAAUCACAUAAGGAGAUAAUACUAGCCUUAACAUGUACUUGUCAAUGUUAUGGAUA